AUGUACUAUCACAACCAUCACCACGUUCUCCCUUGUCUGCAUUGCCACCCGCAUAGCUACAUUAGGAUGGUUCAGCAUCUGAUAGAGAGAUGUUUGGUUCUUCACAUGAACCGACAACAAUGCGCCGAGGCAUUAGCAAAGUAUGCAAGCAUUCCGCCGUGCAUUACAGUUACAGUGUGGAGGGAGCUACAAAAAGAGAAUACGGACUUUUUUCAAGCAUAUUUUCACGCUCUCUCUUCCUACAGGCCUUUCAUGGGUAGGUAA